AUGGCGUUUAAACUGUCGAUCCUGCUCUGCUCUCUAUCCUUGAUCGUCUCUCCCUUUGUGAACGCGAUCUACGACAGCUGGACCGAGCUUCCCUACUGCGCCCAAUAUUGCUUCACUACGGCGGUCAACAAUUCUCUCGCAGCCUGCGCGGAUGUCCCCAUUGACUGCUUCUGUCGAAGUACUGAUCCCGCCACGAAUUUCAACCUCUGCCUCCAAGCCAAUGUGCCCUGCAACACCAAUCCUUUCAACAACGAUGUCGAGGUCUUCAAAAACACCGUCUUCUGCAACGCUUCCGUGAACAGUGGCUUCUAUUACAUGGCGGGCCCCGGUGCAGCGACGGUCACCUUGGGAAUAGCUCCUGGAGGCAAUCUUUCGGCCACAAUAUUCUCAAGCUUCGCGUCGUCCAUUUCCCCUGACAUGUCAGUCAACCCAACCAAUACCUCAACCAAAUGCACAGAUUUCGAUUCUGUUACUACACCUGCUGUUCUAGGCUUGAUGACCAGCACCUCAACAGUUAUUGUGGAGCUGUCCAGCACUGCCUCAUCCAGCAGCGACCUGAACGGUACUUGGACUGCAACCUCAAUUCCCACCGUUAUCGCUGCUCAAGCUUCUAACAUCGCCGCUCGUGCUCAUGCUGACAUCUGGGAGUUCGCGAGGUUGGGGACAAGCUGCUUCGUGACAUGGAUUCUUGUUGGCAAGAUACUCUAUUGA